GUUUCGCAAUCGUGGCAGAUUGCAUUUCAGUAUCGUUCACGCGUGUCACUUGAAAAUUCACAAUGGCCAAAGGACCUCAAGAAAUGGGCGAGGACAUGUUCAAAAAAAUUAAUAAAAUUGUGGACAUACCGUUCACCGAAAAAAUACUUCGAGAAUCGGAACGAGAUGCCAAUUUGAAAGUGCUCAGUGUUUUUAUUAAGCCGGCGACGAACAAAGGUGAUAAUUAUACCAGUGACAUGUUCCGAGCAACUGUUGAAUACACUCGUCAGGAAGAUAAGAAAACAAUCAAUCAAACAAAGUCACUUAUAGUUAAAGUUGAACCUUUGACCGAAGGCGUGCAUCAGGAUUUGAUAUCAAAGUCGAGCCUCUUCUCCACAGAAAUCUUAAUGAUGACCGAUACAUUGGCCAGAAUGAACGAACUACUCGGCCCAGAUUCACCACCUCUAAACGGACGAGGCUUGUACACUCAAAGUAAAAAUCCACCUCUGUUGGUAAUCGAAGAUCUGGCACCAUUGGGUUUCCGUAUGGCGGACCGCCAAGCUGGACUCGACAUGGAUCAUUGCCUUUUAGCCAUUCGUAAUCUCGCCAGAUUUCACGCCAGUUCUAUCGCACUUAUGGAACGAGACCCUAGUCAAAGGACGAAAUAUAGUCGUGGUAUAUUCCACGAAAGCCAGCCAGCGGAAAUGCAAAUUUUUUUCGAACAAGGCACCCAACAAUUAGGCAAAGAAAUCGCCAAUUGGCCGGAACUUGACCCGGAAAUAUCCAAGAAAAUUUUGAAACUCGCCAGUACAAUUUACAAAAAAGGUUGCGAGGUUACAGCUUUUCGUGAAAACGAAUUCAAUGUUCUCAAUCAUGGCGACUUUUGGGUUAACAACAUGCUAUUCCAAUACAACGAAUCAAAUAAACCAAUUGGGCACAUAUUCGUAGAUUUCCAAGUAUGUCUAUACUCAUCACCAGGUGUAGAUUUGAAUUAUUUCUUCAACACUAGCUUGACCGAUGACACGCUGGUGUUACACGAGGAAACGCUUAUAAUCGAGUACACGCGAGUCUUGGCCUCGGCAAUGGCACAAGUGAAUUGCGCAAUUAAGCCGCCCAGCCUCGAGGAAGUCAAGGCCAUGAUACGAGAUCGUGCCUUGUACGGAAUGAUCGCAGCAAUCAACAUAUUACCAUUAAUGUUGGUCAACAAGGAAGAGGUGAAUGAUCUCAAUGAGAUAUUGUCCAAAGGAGAAAAUUUGGCAUAUAAGGGAAAACUUUACCGUAAAGCUAUGGUCCGGCGACUUCCGAAAUUUCAUCAGAUGGGUCUUUUAGAUUAAUUGACCUUAAGUUAUUGAUAUUAAUUUGACGUACAGCUUCUCUGUUUUUCCGGUGACGAUAGCAGUAUACUUGAGAAUUUGGAGUAAUGGACCAACAUUUCAUUUAACAAACAACACACCGCAUGAAGAGGCAAAAUUAUAGUGAAUUUACGCAUCAUAUACGUGAUGCUAGUCAUAAAACGAAAGUAUUAACUCGCUUUGAAGUUAUUUGUAGUUUUAGUACUUCGAUUUUAAGAAAAUCAGCGCCGAGCGUUAUAAUUAUAUAUUUUAUUACUGUAGUUAAAAAAGUAGUAGCAAACAAAUUUCUUCAUGUUACUGCCGUUAUUUUGAAUUGAGGAAUAUUUUUUCUAAAUUAAAAAAAGUUUUGUUGAGUUAAUUGUACUGAAGAAGACAAAAAACUAAAGACCUUUGCAUCAUGAUAAUUCUAUCACGAUUGUUCAGCCAAGCGCAUAGAAUAAGUCUAAUGAUACGUAUAUUUGAUUCCUUUUUAAUAUAUUGUUAUUUUAGAUAUAUCAAUAAAGAAAAUAUCAAUCUC